UAUUAGUAUAGAAAUGCAGUGGAUUUCUGUACAUUGAUUUUGUAUCCUGCGAUCUUACCGAAUGUUAAACUUAUACAUGGAAAUUGUUUGAAGAAAAGAGAAGCAGAGCAAGAUAGAGGAGAAUGAGAGUGUUAUGAAGCAAAUUGAGGUGUUAAACACUUAGCCAGAUGGAGAUGUUGGGUAAGCAGCUGGAGAGUCUGCUUGGAGUUUAGGGAAGAGGCUGGACAUAACACACAUCUGAGAGGCUGUCGCAUAUUGAUGCAUUUAGACUUGAGAGUGGAGAGGAGCACCAAGUAUGUCAGUAUUAGCAACAAGAAGAAGACCGAUAACUUAGCUCACGAGUUUUACAAAAUUUUACUGCAAAGUGGAAUAACUUCUGAAAGUUUUUUCAUUUGAUGACUCCACUGUGACACACCCACACCACCUACCUUCAGCCCUCUGCAGUCUGGAUUCCAUACCCAAUACUCUGCCGCGCCCUGUUACGACUGCGUGGGUGACUCGCCUAUAAAAGGCCGUCUCCGAGCGUCUUGUCGCCACAAUCUCUUCCUGUUCUUGGUGCGUUUGUUGUGGCUUCUAGCUGGGACCGCAGUGGCCGUGAAGAUGGCGUCUACCAGCCGUUUGGAUGCUCUUCCAAGAGUCACAUGUCCAAACCAUCCAGAUGCGAUUUUAGUGGAGGACUACAGAGCUGGUGAUAUGAUCUGUCCAGAAUGUGGCCUGGUUGUAGGUGACCGAGUUAUUGACGUGGGGUCUGAAUGGAGAACUUUCAGCAAUGAUAAAGCAACAAAAGAUCCAUCUCGAGUUGGAGACUCUCAGAAUCCUCUACUGAGUGAUGGAGAUUUGUCAACCAUGAUUGGCAAGGGUACAGGAGCUGCAAGUUUUGAUGAAUUUGGCAAUUCUAAGUACCAAAAUCGGAGAACAAUGAGUAGUUCUGAUCGGGCAAUGAUGAAUGCUUUCAAAGAAAUCACUACUAUGGCAGACAGAAUCAACCUCCCUCGAAAUAUAGUUGAUCGAACAAAUAAUUUAUUCAAGCAAGUGUAUGAACAGAAGAGCCUGAAGGGAAGAGCUAAUGAUGCCAUAGCUUCCGCUUGUCUCUAUAUUGCCUGUAGACAAGAAGGGGUUCCUAGGACAUUUAAAGAAAUAUGUGCCGUGUCACGAAUUUCUAAGAAAGAAAUCGGUCGAUGCUUUAAACUUAUUUUGAAAGCUCUAGAAACCAGUGUGGAUUUGAUUACAACCGGGGACUUCAUGUCCAGGUUUUGUUCCAACCUUUGUCUUCCUAAACAAGUACAGAUGGCAGCUACACACAUAGCCCGUAAAGCUGUGGAAUUGGACUUGGUUCCUGGAAGGAGCCCGAUAUCUGUGGCGGCGGCAGCCAUUUACAUGGCCUCACAGGCCUCCGCUGAGAAGAGGACCCAAAAAGAAAUUGGAGAUAUUGCUGGUGUCGCUGAUGUUACAAUCAGACAGUCCUACAGGCUCAUCUAUCCUCGAGCUCCAGAUCUGUUUCCUACAGACUUCAAAUUUGACACCCCUGUGGACAAACUACCACAGCUGUAAAUCGAGGCAGCUAAUGUCAAACUCCUGUGAACACUGAACUCGGCCUGUUGUACAUAGCCUAUACCAAGUGCUGGAUUGAGCCUUUCUUUAAUAAGGAAAAACAAAAGACAUGGUACGCAUUCCAGGGCUAAAUAUUAAUUGCUUGGCAUUCUGUAUGUAUAUACUAGUGAAACAUAUUUAAUGAUUUAAAUUUCUUAUUGAAUUUGCUUUCUUUUGUAGCAACCUAGGAAACUGUAUUUUGGAAGAUAUUUGAAAUUAUGUAAUUCUUGAAUAAAACGUUUUUCAAAACUAAA